AUGUGCCUCAGCAACAUCUUCAUUGGAUCUGCUUUUGUCCUGGAUGUGUCGGACAAGGUCCCCCAACAGAUCCAAAGCGGACGGAUAAGCUUCCGGGCGCCGUACAGAGAUUGCAUGUGCUUCAAUCCUCGAGUUUCACAGAAAAGGCGGCAGAACAUAGAGCGGUGGAACCCACGAUGCAAGUACUGCAUGUACCUGUACCGUCGAGCUCAGUGCAACCCUUGUUCAUUGAGUGUGGUAACACAUUACCCCGUGCCCUCAUGCUUCAAAGCCAUCAAGGAUGGAGACGCUCCGUGGGCCUUGAAGUCCCUGAUAAAAUUUAUGAAUGGCAUGAGCACACAUGUCCAGGGAAUAUCGCAAGAAACUGGGUAG